GGAAUAUUGAAUCGAUAUACUGAUUUUUUUAAUUUUAAUUUUUUCUCGUGGCAAUGGCAGGUGCGACUUUGCUUCACUCCUUGUCUCACUAUCUUCUCCCUCCCCAGGCUCGCGCGCACACUCUGAUCUCGCACUGCUUGUUUCCUUUUCACCGUUUCUCGUCACCCGACUGUUUCUUUCAUUCGUUAAGCAGUAAUAAACUUCCACCACUCGCCCUUGGAGCGCAGGCUAGGCGAGGCUUAUCUUCUAAAACCAUCAAUGACGACCUUGCAUCUCCUGCUGAUAUGUGUUUUGAGGCCCCCCUGAAAGUGGUAGAAUAUCCAGACCCUAUACUUAGAGCUAAAAAUAAAACAAUUUGCUCAUUUGAUGAUAAUCUGAAGAAGGUUGUAGAUGAAAUGUUCGAUGUAAUGUACAGCACUGACGGAAUUGGGCUAUCAGCACCCCAGGUUGGACUUAAUAUUCAGCUCAUGGUAUUUAAUCUAGUAGGUGAGCGCGGUGAAGGAGAGGAGAUUGUUCUUGUAAAUCCACGCGUCACCAGAUAUUCCAGAAAAGCGGUGCUGUACAAUGAAGGUUGCUUGUCUUUUCCUGGGAUUUAUGCUUUUGUAGAGAGACCAGAUGCUGUGAAGGUUGAUGCACAGGAUAUAAAUGGGGCAAGGUUUAAAGUUGGAUUUACGAGGUUUUCUGCAAGGGUGUUCCAGCACGAAUAUGAUCAUUUACAGGGCAUUCUUUUCUUUGAUCGAAUGUCUGAUGAAGUCCUUGACAGUGUACAGGGAGACUUAGAGGCUUUGGAGAAGAAAUAUGAGGACAGGACUGGGUUGCCUAGCCCAGAAAGGAUAAACACUCGCAAAAGAAGGAAGGCUGCGGUUGGAUUUGGCAAAUUAUGAAAUUUUUGAACUCUAAUUCUUGAAAGCGCCUUGCGAAUAUCUACUGAAACAUCGGAGUUCCCACUUCUUAUUCUCACGUGAAGGCUUUCUUCUCCAACGUUUGAUGAUGGAAAAUCCAAAACGCACAUGUUGAACUUUCCCCAGUUAGAUACAUCAUUUGGGUUUGGGAUUGCAGACUUGCGGUUCAGAUUUCUAUUAUUUCGAACUUUCUCUCUGUUUUAAAUGAGAUGUGUUGUUGGAUUAUCAACUAUUUGUUCAUUUAUCUUUCAUGUAAUUUCAUUUGCAGGUUAUCUUUUCCAUGGUUUAGCAUUAAGGAUUUGUGCUACACAUAUACCUACUUAUAUUAAGAAAAAUAUGUGGACAAACUCUUCUGAAAUAUGGGUCCAUCUGAAGUCACAGAAUGUACUGAAGUGCAGAUGGUCCUUGCGGAUGGGGAAGCCAGGCUUUAUGCACAUCUUGGGCUGUCAGCUUUUCGAGGAUGUUUUCUGCGAGGAUCAGUGGAUGUUCAAAGGUGUUGUCCAUUUGAUUAGACAAACUCAAUACAAAAAUGAUGUAUGUACUCACUCUUAUACCCACUUUUGUAUCCAUCCAUGUUUGUGAAAGUUUUUUUUUUUUCUGUGAACAUCGAUUCACGGACAAUAUUUUGCACAAACAAAAUACAAAAAAAAGCUUCAUAAACAUGGUGGGUAUAAGGUGGGUAUAAGGGUGGAUAUAUCAAGCAUUGUUGAACUCAAUAUUUAGGAAACCAGAUGUUAAGAAGUGGACCUAGCCCUCCUCAAGGUUCUUAUGUCCAAUAGAUCAUGUUUGUAGUGUUUUUUUUCAUGAUCUAUGCGAUCAGAG